GAUAUCACGAUCUGCAGUGAACAUUUUACCAGUGACUGUUAUGAAACAAUGACUCCUGGCACGGUCCAGCUGAAGUCUGGUGCUGUCCCAUCACUGUGUAUCAAGUCAGAGCCAGAUGAACCAGAGCCAUGCCAGGGCACUGUGGGAACCCUACAUGUUGCUUCUCAGUGUGAUCAAAUUAAAACAUGUAAUAGUCCAUCUUCUCAUUCUGAAGAAUCAGGACUGACUUCAGUGGCUGCCCAAGAAAGCCCAGUGCACAGUGAUACUUCAGAUGCUUUCAUGUCUGAUUAUAGUCAGAUGCUGCAAAAAGUUGUGAACAUUGAUAUGAUCAGGGAAAAAGCUGCUCUUCUACAGAUGAAAGGGAAGUAUGUUGUGAAUGAAAAACGACUCCUCCCAUUGUUCAGCUGCAAGUGCCCGUUAUGUGGUUCUAAAGUAAAGGUGGAGAAGGUCACCUAUGGGGUGCUCAUCAUCUUGAACCAACAGUGCCUUCAGUGUGACUACAGAAACCAAUGGAAAAGCCAAGUCAAUGCCAGUGUCCCAACAGAUGACGAUCAACCCCUGACAAGAGGCAUAGAUGUGACUGCAGAGAUCCAACAGAUGGUGCCAACAGAUGACAAACACAGCGCCGUCACAGGUGUCUCUGAGGUUGCUACUGUUAGUGAAGAGGAGAGUGAUCCCACGGAUGAAACGGAGGAAUCAGGCAAUGAAGUUGAAAUGGAUUCAGAUGAUGACUGGAAGCCAAAGGAGGAGCUUAUACUGAAAAACAGGCUUACACAUAGUGAUGAAUCUGAUGAGGAGACCGAAAACGAAGAUGAUUAUUAUCCUCCGCUUGCCUUUGAACUCAGUCAGCUCUGCACAGAGUGCGGGAAGUUUUUCAAUAAACGGAAGCCUCACACGUGUGAGCAUAAAAUCAAACCCUUUUCUUGCAAUAUUUGUGGUAAGAGAUGCGUCACUGAAGUCUCUCUAAAUUCUCACAGCAGAGUCCACGAUGCAAACUAUGAGCACCGAUGUAAAUACUGCCACGCUACAUUCAAAACAAAAGUGGACAAACGCACGCAUGAGCAGACUCACGUAACCGAAGGAAGGCCGUAUAAAUGUCCUGACUGUCCAGAGAUAUUUGCCACAAAUAAAGAGCGCAGAAUCCACCUGCAGGAUCACAGAGGCCUCCGACAGUUAAAAUGUGACUUCUGUGGGAUUGAAUUCUACCGUAACCAAGCUCUCCAGAGACACUUAGCUGUGCACACAGGAGAGAAACCAUUCAAGUGUUCAGUUUGCCAACGUGGCUUCAACCAGACGAACCACCUGAAAUCCCACAUGCGUCUGCACACGGGAGAGAGACCUUACAAGUGUCAGCAUUGUGACAAAUGCUUCAAUCACAACGUGAGCUUGAAGAGUCAUGUCCAGCGUUACCACACACCUAAUUCUGGAUGUGAAGAGAACACAAAAAAGACAAAGGAAAGGGAAAGUAACAGUAGUGAUGCUGUGGGAAAUGGAAACAAGAGAGGUGCAGAUUCAGGGCUAGACAAUGUAGAAGAAGAAGAAGAGGAAGAAGAAGAAGUAGAAGAGGAUAAAGAGGAAGAGGAGAGAAUAUAUAGAGCUAAUAUAAAAAGGAGAACGACAGGUAGACCCAUAGGAAGGCCUAAGAGAAAUGCAAGCCAGGGUUCAAACACUAAAACUGCCAAAGUAAAGGUUAGGAAGAAGAAGCGAACAUGUGGCAGUGAUGAAGAGAACGAGGGUGAGCCGAUCGAAAGUGACUUAUCCUUUGAGUUGACAGAGGAGGAAGAGGAGAGAAGUGACAAAGUGACAUCGAGCACCAGCAGAUCGAGAGGAAGGGCAAAAAGAUCUGACAGUGACUGUGAUUUUGACCCAGAGGUCUCGAAGAGAAAGAAGUGCAGCAGCCAGAACAGUGGGAAGGGCUCAGGGAAGCGCAGGGGAAGACCAAGAAAGAAUCAAGUGGUGGAAGACACGUAAAAACACACCGAGCUAAAACAAUUUAUUUAAGAGAAAUACAAUGUAGUGUUAAAAAGAACUGGACUGUUUCCCAUGUAUUUGAUAAUGCACAUGCACCCUGCAGUAUGUUCACAUUUCUUUGGUUUUAAAAUACUUCUGAAUCCUGUUCAUCAAACUGGUUACAAGUAGAUUAAACUAGGUUGUUGGAAAGUGCCUGCUUUCCUUUGGUAUGUAAAUAUACAAUACUGCCAUAAUACUGUUAUCUACUCUAUGUGAACAUUAGAUCUGAAAGAAGAGGUUAACAUUAAAAAGACUGAAUGGUGUCAGCCAAAUUUUAACAUCAAUGAUCGCUCUUUUGUAUACAAGUGUUCAAGUAAGUUGUCUGCUACCAUGCACAACACCAUGAAACUGAAGCAACUAAAUAAAAGUAUUACCCAUUAUAAUA